CUUCCUCCUCCUCCUUCUCUAUUAUCUCCCGUUUUCUUUCUCUUUGUCGCAUCACGGCUGUAGUUACUUUCAUUGGCUCUAAUGCCCCAGUGCCAGUACCUCAGUGGACACGGCAGAAGCUACAUGCCAAGACUACGAGUUCCGCGAAACUAAGACAACUGUGAAGCACGAGUAAGAAGGAACUGCAUUUCGAUAUUGUGGUUUCCUGAAGCAGCGUGAGGCGCGAUGAUUGUGGAGACGUGUCUGCUGCUGGUGGCCGCAAUAGUGUUGGUGUGGAUCUACUCUAAAAGGCGAUUUAGUUACUGGUCAUCUAAGGAUGUGGUCUGCCCACCAAUCCUGCCAUUGAUCGGCCAUAUGAAUUACUUCUUUAAGGGUCAGCGCUGGGUUUCCUUACAUAAGUUUUAUCUAGAGUUCCGCAAGCACAAGUUUUAUGGGCUGUACGAGUUUUUCAAUCCCGUACUUAUGAUCACUGACCCUGAACUUCUUAAACUCGUCCUGGUGAAGGAUUUUGAAUACUUCGUAGACAGGCGACGGUUCGGGGACCAGGAAGGCUCCCUCAUGACUGAGAUGCUCACUAAUAAGUUUGGUGAGGAAUGGAAAGACCUUCGAGCAAUCAUGACUCCAACAUUCUCCUCUGGCAAAAUGCGAAGUAUGUUUCAUUUGAUUUCCGAAAAGGCAGAUAACCUGGUUUCUUUUUCUCUCAAGAAUGCAGUCAACAAUAAACCUGUUGACAUGAAGGACAUGUUUGGUCGUUUCACCAUGGAUACAAUUGCUUCUUGUGCCUUUGGCAUUGAAUGCAACUCGCUUUCUGAUUCCAAACCCGUGUUUGCAGAAGUAGCCGAGAAAUUUUUCAAUUUCCAAGGUCUUAAAGCAUUGAAGUUGACUUUGAUGAUAGUCCUGCCAAAAUUACAUAAUUUUCUUGGAUUCAAAGUGGACGAUGUUGAGAUUGAAUUUUUCGCAAAGCUCGCCAAAGAAAACAUGGAGCUUCGGAAGAAAGGACAGAGCCGAGGAGACUUCUUAGAUCUGCUGCUGAACGCGAAAGCUUCAGAAGACGAUAUCCGUCCAGGAAAGAAAGUAUUUGGAGAGCACACGUUAGUGGCACAGAGUGUGCUCUUCCUUGUGGCUGGUUAUGACACCACUGCCUCGGCACUCGCCUUCUCCUCCUACAACGUGGCCAUGAAUGUCCACUGCCAACAUCGGCUUCGGCAAGAGCUGCAGGAGCUUGUAAAGGAGCACGGCUCAAUCAACUACCAAGGGAUCAUGGAGGCUAAAUACCUGGACGCUGUUCUAAUGGAGACGCUGAGGCUGUACCCACCAGGCACUAUUGGGGAGCGGGUGUGCACCAAGCAAUACAAGAUUCCGGACACAGACUUAAUCAUGAACCCCGGAGAUUUGAUCCAGUUUCCCUUGUGGAGCAUCCAUCACGACCCUCAGUACUGGCCUGAGCCGGAAGAAUUCAAGCCUGAGCGCUUCCUUGCAGAGAACAGAGGCAGCAUCAUCAGUUUUACGCACUUGCCCUUCGGAAUGGGUCCCAGAAACUGCAUCGCCAUGAGAUUCGCCCUUAUGGAAGCCAAGGUUGCCCUGGCUCAACUCAUCUUGGCAGCCGAGAUAAAGCUGGCACCAGGACAUGAAAAGAUGGAACUCCAAGACUCUCCCUUCUUAAUGAGACCUAAGGAUGGCGUGAUGCUGAUGCUUACGCCACUUCAAAAAGAUUAAAAUAACUUAUGUUAUUUUAGAGGUUAUUUUAGAGGGUAGCCAGAGCCUGAGGGUCGAGGAGUGAACGUCAGUAAGUAACUUGUGUACUAGCAUCGAUUCCCAAUCAGCACAUGCUGAAUACACAUCAAGAACAUUUCGUUCCACCUUGCUAAACACAAAUGAAUAAAUUAACUAAAAAAGCUCUAGACCUCAGACUUUCUUGUGUUGAAGUUCAAUCACAUCUCAUCACUUGAUAGCACGCAUAUUUCAGUGUCUAAUGAUGUUUGGUCUGGUCUUACUGAGAACGCACUUUAGUGAUGGAAAUUAUUCCUGCUUACUAUAUUUUUGUUUAUUGCUGUACACCAUUAGUAAACUUAUCAUUGAUCGCAAAAAUCUUAUUGUGGUCUCUGUUUAACGCUUCAGAGUUGUAAUGUAUCAUGCUAUUGUUAUGAGCAAUAAAAGCAAAACGAGUUCCAAAAAUGAAAGGAAAAAUGGGUAAAUAAAAUAGAAUAUUAUAACUAAAUAGAAACGUGCAUUUUGGAGACGUCUAGCAUGCUCAUGCAAUGUUCAACUUCAACUCGUUACAACUCAUAUAUUUUUGCAUGAUUUGAUAGAGAAUAUAGUUAUGCACGAUCAUUAUUAAUUCAGUAGUAUAUUAUUAUUCUCCUCCUCCUGUCACAUUGCAGCAGCGGUAGGUAUGAGGAGCGGUUGUCCUUUAAUCUAAUCACUCAAGUAUUUUGAAAUGACAAUAACAGUAAUUUAUUAGAAGCAUAUUAUUUCAUCGAUAGCACAACACUUAGUUAUAUUGUUACGCUUUUGGACUCAUAUCCUUAGCCGGAAUGCUGUCAUAACAAACUGUAAUAAGAAACUCGUUCCAAUUUACCUGUGAA